AUGUCGGUGACGCUGCACACGAACCUGGGGGACAUCAAGGUGGAGGUUUUCUGCGACCAGGUGCCGCGGACGGCGGAGAACUUUUUAGCCCUGUGCGCGAGCGGCUACUACGACGGCACCGUCUUCCACCGCAACAUCAAGGGGUUCAUGGUGCAGGGCGGCGACCCGACGGGCACCGGCAAGGGCGGCGCCUCGAUCUGGGGCGGCAAGUUCGCGGACGAGUUCCGGGAGGCGCUCAAGCACGGCGCCCGGGGCACCCUGUCCAUGGCCAACUCCGGGCCCAACACCAACGGCAGCCAGUUCUUCAUCACCUACGCCAAGCAGCCCCACCUCAACGGCCACUACACCGUGUUCGCCAAGGUCAUCCACGGCUUCGACGUGCUCGACCUCAUGGAGAAGACCCCCACCGGCCCCGCCGACCGCCCCCUCGCCGAGAUCAGGCUCAACCGCGUCACCGUCCACGCCAACCCCCUCGCCGGGUAG